AAGCAGAAGGGACAUUUCCUUUUUAAAAGUCCCAAGAGUGAUUUAGCCCAUCAGAAGGUAAUGACAUUUUUUGAAAAACUAAAGACAUUCUAUCCGGGAGAGUAGUAUAUGAACUGGGUUACCCAUGGAGUUGACAACAGCACUGGCAGAGGUCACGGACACUUACUCAAACCAGAGCGGUCGAAAUCACACAUCGGAUGCCUGUUCCCGUGAAAGUACUCUAAAGACGACGGUGUUCCCCAUCCUCUACUCCAUUCUCUUCACCCUCGGCCUGUCGCUGAAUGGCCUGGCAGCAUGGGUUUUCCUCAGAAUCCCCAGUAAAUCUCACUUUAUCAUCUACUUGAAGAACAUCGUUGUGGCCGAUAUCAUCAUGACGCUCACCUUCCCCUUUAAGAUCUUUGCCGACUCAAACGUCGCAUCGGUCGGAAUGCGUGUCUUUGUCUGUCGCAUGUCGUCCGUGCUCUUCUACCUCACCAUGUACAUCAGCAUUCUGUUCUUUGGCCUGAUCAGUGUGGAUCGCUGCAGAAAGACCAUGCAGCCUUUUGUCGGCACCAACGCUAGACGCCUGCUGCACAGAAAGCUCCUCGCAGGCUUCAUAUGGACGACGCUUGUGACUAUUUGCCUGCCAAACGUCAUUCUGACUAGUCUUCCGAACACGUCGGCUCGCUUCAAGUGCAGUGAUCUGAAGACACAGAUGGGACUGCGGUGGCAUGAGGUGGUCAACCAUAUUUGCCAGGUAAUCUUCUGGGGAAACCUCGUGACCGUGAUAAUAUGUUACGCUCUCAUCUCGAAAGAGCUCUACAAGUCUUACGCCCGAACACGAGCUGGACAUGCGACACGGACUGGACAGCAGAAGAAAGGCAGCAUACAGGCAAAUGUCUUCCUUGUGAUGGCGGUCUUCUUCGUUUGCUUUGUACCCUUUCAUUUCGCCCGAGUACCGUACACCAUCAGCCAGACACAAGGACGACUCUUUAACUGCGUGCAAAAGUUGUUUUUCUUUCAGUUGAAGGAGAGCACGCUGUGGCUUUCCUCCCUCAAUUCUGUGCUGGAUCCACUCAUCUACUUCUUCCUCUGCAAGUCCUUCAGGAGCUCUCUGUUGAACACCAUCUGUUUGUCGCGCAGAUGCUGCAGAGAUCUCGGCACAGACACGGUCAGUACGCAGACGUGAUGGAGGGACUUUCUUUUCCUGUGCUUUUAUGAACACCCUCUUAUAACGUGAGGCCACGACGUGGCGCUUUUCCUACACCUAGCAAGAAUUACAUUAUUAUCUGUGCUGAAACAGACUUGCAUUCUGUUACAGCCACAUGAGGUAUUUCACCCUGAAAACAAAAAGUUUUUUGUAAAGAAGGGUGACUAGAUGUUUUCAUGGGGUUCAUCCAUAUGCAUUUACAGUAUACUGUAUGUACUGUUUCUUUCUCUUUUCAGUGUAGUUUCAUUCCAUGAGAAAUGAAUUCAAAUCAAAUGCAUAUAAUGCUAGAUAUUUUCAGCAUCAUAUUUAGCAUCAUUAAAAUGAAUGCAGCCUCUGUAACUUUCUUAUGUAACGAGACAAUUUUUUCUACCAAUAAAAAUAUAAAUGAUACUAUAAAUUAUUGAAAUUCAUUGGAAAUCAUUAACUCUUAUCACACUGACUGAAGCUUGACUUUUAUGCAA